CAGAAUUCCAAACCAGAAUUCCAAAGCCAGAAUUCCAAACCAGAAUUCCAAACCAGAAUUCCAAACCAGAAUUCCAAAGCCAGAAUUCCAAAGCAGAAUUCCAAACCAGAAUUCCAAAGCCAGAAUUCCAAAGCCAGAAUUCCAAAGCCAGAAUUCCAAAGCCAGAAUUCCAAACCAGAAUUCCAAACCAGAAUUCCAAAGCCAGAAUUCCAAACCAGAAUUCCAAAGCCAGAAUUCCAAACCAGAAUUCCAAACCAGAAUUCCAAACCAGAAUUCCAAAGCCAGAAUUCCAAACCAGAAUUCCAAAGCCAGAAUUCCAAACCAGAAUUCCAAAGCCAGAAUUCCAAACCAGAAUACCAAACCAGAAUUCCACGUGAGACUAAUGAACAUUUAAUGUGACAUGAAGCUCCUUCUCACGCAAAUGCUAUUUCUUAAAUAUUAGGAUUAUAGAAAUACUUAUAAUAAUUCAUAUUUCUUACAAUAAUGAUCAUAGUAAUUACUAUGUAAGAAUGCUGUUUAUCAACUACAGCCCAGCCUUCAAUGUCACAGUACCCUCCAAGCUCAUCACUAAGCUGUUGUUAUGUAUAUAUUUUCUAUUUUUGUUCAAUAUAUAUAUAUAUAUAUAUAUAUAGUAUAUACACUGAGUACAAAACAUGAAGAACACCUUCCAUAAUAUUGAGUUGCACCCCCCCUUUGCCCUCAGAACAGCCUUAAUUCGUCGGGGGGAAUGGACUCUACUAGGUGACGAAAGCGUUCCACAGGGACGCUGGCCCAUGUUGACUCCAAUGCUUCCCACAGUUGUGACAAGUUGGCUGGACGUCCUUUGGGUGGUGGACCAUUCUUGAUACACACAGGAAACUGUUGAGUGUGAAAAACCCAGCAGUGUUUCAGUUCUUGACACAAACCGGUGUGCCUGGCACCUACUACCAUACCCCGUUCAAAGGCACUUAAAUAUUUUGUCUUGCCUGUUCACCCUCUGAAUGGCACACAUACACAAUCCAUGUCUCAAUUGUCUCAAGGCUUAAAAAUCCUUCUUUAACCGGUCUCCUCCCCUUCAUCUACACUGAUUGAAGUGGAUUUAACAAGUGACAUCAAUAAGGGAUCAUAGCUUUCAGAUGGAUUCACCUGCUCAGUCUGUCAUGGAAAGUGUUCUUAAUGUUUUGUACACUCAGUGUAUAUUUAAAUUUCGGACUCUGACAUUGCUCGUUCUGAUAUUUCUUAAUUUCUUAAUUUUUUUAGUUUUUGGAUUAUGUGUGUAUUGUUUUGUAUUGAUGGGUAUUACUACUGAACUGUUGGAGCUAGAAACACAAGCAUUUAGCUAGGUAUUACUGCACUGUUGGAGCUAGAAACACAAGCAUUUAGCUAGAUAUUACUGAACUGUUGGAGCUAGAAACACAAGCAUUUAGCUAGGUAUUACUGCACUGUUGGAGCUAGAAACACAAGCAUUUAGCUAGGUAUUACUGCACUGUUGGAGCUAGAAACACAAGCAUUUAGCUAGGUAUUACUGUGUUGUUGGAGCUAGAAACACAAGCAUUUAGCUAGGUAUUACUGUGUUGUUGGAGCUAGAAACACAAGCAUUUAGCUAGGUAUUACUGCACUGUUGGAGCUAGAAACACAAGCAUUUAGCUAGGUAUCACUGCACUGUUGGAGCUAGAAACACAAGCAUUUAGCUAGGUAUUACUGCACUGUUGGAGCUAGAAACACAAGCAUUUAGCUAGGUAUUACUGCACUGUUGGAGCUAGAAACACAAGCAUUUAGCUAGGUAUUACUGCACUGUUGGAGCUAGAAACACAAGCAUUUAGCUAGGUAUCACUGCACUGUUGGAGCUAGAAACACAAGCAUUUAGCUAGGUAUUACUGCACUGUUGGAGCUAGAAACACAAGCAUUUAGCUAGGUAUUACUGUGUUGUUGGAGCUAGAAACACAAGCAUUUAGCUAGGUAUUACUGCACUGUUGGAGCUAGAAACACAAGCAUUUAGCUAGGUAUCACUGCACUGUUGGAGCUAGAAACACAAGCAUUUAGCUAGGUAUUACUGCACUGUUGGAGCUAGAAACACAAGCAUUUAGCUAGGUAUUACUGCACUGUUGGAGCUAGAAACACAAGCAUUUAGCUAGGUAUUACUGCACUGUUGGAGCUAGAAACACAAGCAUUUAGCUAGGUAUCACUGCACUGUUGGAGCUAGAAACACAAGCAUUUAGCUAGGUAUUACUGAACUGUUGGAGCUAGAAACACAAGCAUUUAGCUAGGUAUCACUGCACUGUUGGAGCUAGAAACACAAGCAUUUAGCUAGGUAUUACUGCACUGUUGGAGCUAGAAACAUAAGCAUUUAGCUAGAUAUUACUGCACUGUUGGAGCUAGAAACACAAGCAUUUAGCUAGGUAUUACUGCACUGUUGGAGCUAGAAACACAAGCAUUUAGCUAGGUAUUACUGCACUGUUGGAGCUAGAAACACAAGCAUUUAGCUAGGUAUUACUGCACUGUUGGAGCUAGAAACACAAGCAUUUAGCUAGGUAUUACUGCACUGUUGGAGCUAGAAACACAAGCAUUUAGCUAGGUAUUACAGUACUGUUGGAGCUAGAAACACAAGCAUUUAGCUAGGUAUUACUGCACUGUUGGAGCUAGCAUUUAGCUAGGUAUUACUGAACUGUUGGAGCUAGAAACACAAGCAUUUAGCUAGGUAUCACUGAACUGUUGGAGCUAGAAACAGAAGCAUUUUGUUGCACCUGUGAUAAAAUCUGCAAAUCUGUGUAGGCGACCAGUAAAUGUGAUUUGAUUUCGAUUUGAUUUAUACUUCUGGCAUUUUUAAUAAAGCUCAGAUUCUCCCCUUUUUAAAGAAAUCACUGUUAUUUACCUCCUCCUCCAACGGUUAUGAUGUUUAGAAAAUCAGAGCUGUACAAUUGUUUAACCUGUAGCCUUUGGCUUUAUAGCCUUUAUGGUUAAUAAUGGCUGGCAUUGGUUACAACCUGUCAGAAUAGCCAUGUUGCCAGUGUGGUCCUCUGUAGCUCAGCUGGUAGAGCACGGCGCUUGUAACGCCGGGACCACCCCCAUACGUAAAAAUGUAUGCACACAUGACUGUAAGUCGCUUUGGAUAAAAGCGUCUGCUAAAUGGCAUAUUAUUAUUAUUUUUAUUAAGGUAUUGGAGGGAAUUCUGUCCCGUGUCGCUCAGUUGGUAGAGCAGGGCUGUGGGUUCGAUUCCCACGGGGGGCCAGUUUGAAAAAAAUGUAUGCACUCACUAACUGUAAGUCGCAAUGGAUAAGAGCGUCUGCUAAAUGACAAAAAAUUUUAAAAAUGAUAGUAGGCCUAGCUGGACAAGGCUAUCUGUGCACAUGAUGAAAGUUAAAGGUAAAAUGUGACUAAAAUGACAGUGACUAGACUAAAGUUGUCCAGAGAUUUAGUGGACUGAUAAUAACUAAAACUAACGAAGGAUGAAGUGACUAAGACUAAAAGCUGUUUUAGUCAAAAGACUAAAACUAAAAUGUAAAAUGGCUUCCAGAAUGACACCCCUCUCCUCUCCUCUCCUCUCCUCUCCUCUCCUCUCCUCUCCUCUCCUCUCCUCUCCUCUCCUCUCCUCUCCUCUCCUCUCCUCUCCUCUCCUCUCCUCUCCUCUCCUCUCCCCUCCCUCCCCUCCCCUCCCCUCCCCUCCCCUCCCCACUCCACUCCACUCCACUCCACUCCACUCCACUCCACUCCACUCCACUCCUCCUCUCCUCUCCUCUCCUCUCCUCUCCUCUCCUCUCCUCUCCUCUCCUCUCCCCUCCCCUCCCCUCCCCUCCCCUCCCCUCCCCUCUCCUCUCCUCUCCUCUCCUCUCCUCUCCUCUCCUCUCCUCUCCUCUCCUCUCCUCUCCUCUCCUCUCCUCUCCUCUCCUCUCCUCCUCCUCUCCUCCCUCCCCUCCCCUCCCCUCUCCUCUCCUCUCCUCUCCUCUCCUCUCCCCUCCUCUCCUCUCCUCUCCUCUCCUCUCCUCUCCUCUCCUCUCCUCUCCAGGACUGCAGCAGUACAACAGUCACCAAACCUUCUAAAGUUGUAACCACUACGGAGUCUAAACCCCGAGACCCGGACAAGACAAUAGAGUCAACCAUGACAACUACCAUGACCACUACCAUGACCACUACCAUGACCACUACCCCGGCCGUUAAACCCAGACCUGAGAAGACUGAAAGGACCACAGGGAACCAUGCGGUCACGGUCAUCCACGGUCGAACCACCUCCAUGUACGUUUAGUUUAUUGGUCUUUCAGCUUCAUUAGCGGUUCUUAAAAAUAGUUAUUUAAAAAUCUGAAUUACUUUUUCUGUUACUUUAAAAAAACAUCAAUGUUGAAUGAAUUUUAGACAAUUUCUGAGUCCCAAAUGGCACCCUAUUACCUUGUAAACCUGGUCUAAAGAAGAGCCCUGUAAACCAGGUCUAAAGAAGAGCCCUGUAAACCUGGUCUAAAGAAGAGCCCUGUAAACCUGGUCUAAAGAAGAGCUCUGUAAACCUGGUCUAAAGAAGAGCCCUGUAAACCUGGUCUAAAGAAGAGCCCUGUAAACCUGGUCUAAAGAAGAGCUCUGUAAACCUGGUCUAAAGAAGAGCCCUGUAAACCUGGUCUAAAGAAGAGCUCUGUAAACCUGGUCUAAAGUAGGACACUAUAAAUGGAGUAGGGUGCCUGUUUGGACAAACUCUUUAUAUCUGUUUUGUUUAGGAGUCUGACCAAUACUACCACUGUCAAACCCAGACCGGAAGAACCAGAGAGGACCGUAGAGGACCGCGCGGCCACGGUCAGACACGAUCCAACCCAGGACCAACCUCUACCUCCCAAACCACCCCCCGCCCCCCUCGCGCUCACCUUCAUACAGACACCUUCACACAACCUACUGGCUGUCGUCACCCAUGGCAACGGCCUUGUAGCCAACGGCAACCUGGGCGGAGUGGGGGCGGGGCCUCACCCCGGAACACUCGGUCUGAGGUACAGUACUACAGCCCCCCCCCCCCAUAAUGCAUCACACUGAGAAUGUUGGACCAGGGUUGAAGAACAUAACGCUUGUUUUUGUUUGUUAUUGUUUGUAUGUUUGUUUAUCUGAACUCUCUGUGGUUAUAGACAAGGCUUAGGCCUGGAUUCAAUCAGAUCAAGCGUUAACCGCCGAUAGCAGACACCCGUACAGCGGGAUGUUUCGGUAGGUGUCGGAGGUGGAGCUGCGUUGGAGCCGUCAAAUCGGUGAGCAGCUGCUCUUGUGAUCAUUGUGUCACGAAGCCACACCCGCCCCACUCGUUUUAGAAGUGCCGGAACGAGAAAGUGCCGGCUAUGUAGAGAUAAUGACGCUCAAAUUGAACAACCGUGAAACAAAAUGAUGAGGAUUUGUAUCAUCCAGGUGGAGGUGUAGAUGAUAUCACAGUGUUCCAAGUUGGAAACAAGGCAGCCUGGGAUGUCUGUUAAUGCGGCUCCAGCCAAUGGCAAUGUCCGCUUUAGCCACUUGUGGAUUUGACAGCUCUAACGCACUUCCGCCUCCGACACCGUCAAAACAAACGCUGUGCGGAUGUUGGCUAAAGCGGAUCUGAUUGUGUCCAGCCCUGGAGAGAGAGUCUGUGACUGUGUGUUUAUGUGUUUGUGUGUCUGUCGUUUCCAGGUCGAUAGACAAGUCUAAAAGGCAUGUAAACAUCUUCAACAGAGUCUCACAGCAAUCUCUCUCCAGUCAUUUCACUGGCAAUCUGAUGGCUCAGGUAAGGGUGUGUGUGACAGCUCAGGUAAAUAUUCUUACACAAGAUAGUAGAGAUUAAACCCCCCCUCCUCUGUCUGUAUCAUCUCCUCUCCUCUCCUCUCCUCUCCCCUCCCCUCCCCUCCCCUCCCCUCCUCUCCUCUCCUCUCCUCUCCUCUCCUCUCCUCUCCUCUCCUCUCCUCUCCUCUCCUCUCCUCUCCUCUCCUCUCCUCUUCUUCUCUCUGUCCUCUACAGAUGAUAUCAGAGAAGAGUGUGAUCCACGAACGUUCCUUCCUGUCCGACCGUGAGCAUGACCGAGACCGUGAGCGAGACCGAGACCGUGAGCGAGACCGUGAGCGAGACCGUGAGCGUAUGGCUGCGUUUGGGAAGAGGAAACCUGAUAUCGUCCGGUCAGACAUUCUCUUCCCUGAACUAAGAACCUCUCUGCUGCCUGAGAUACGAGGGGCUGAAGGUACGCUCUACACACACACACACACACACACACACACACACACACACACACACACGGUUAGUGGAUUAUAUUGACCAGGAGCCCUUGUGUCUUCCAGGUAAACAGACUAAACCCACCAGGACAGGAAGAAGGAGAGAUGCAUCCCCUCUAUAGACACAACGGAUACACACACACACACAC